GUUUGAGAUAGUGAGAGAGGGAGGAGGGGGAGAGGUUUUGUCGGUGUUUCCCUCCAGACAUCCAUCAUUUCAACCCCAACCUGCAGUCGCUUUACCACAGACAUGGAUACCACAGCACUGCGGGAAUAACUGACACUGCAUGCCGCGAUCAUUUUUAACUUAAGCGACUUUUUCUUUCCUUUAAAAAAAAAAAAAAAAAAAAAGAGGGAUCAUUCUUCGUGACGUUAAUAACGUGCAGAGGCUGUCGCUGGGUUAAAGCCUGUCAACCUUGAAAGGAGAGGUCUGUUUGGAUAGCCAGAACUCCUCGGUGCCGGGCAGCUUUUGCGGCGCAAACCGGAUCUCACGCCCAACCUGGAGACUUUUUUUUCUUUCCUGCAGCAUUCACGAUGAUUUGAGCGUGACUUCUUGGCGCUGAGAAGAGGCAAUCCUCCUCUCUUUCUCUCUCCCCACCCCCCAUUUCUCUCUCUCGCUCUCUCUUUUUGUCAUUUUCUCUCUCCCUCCCCUCACUGCCUUCCUUUCUCUCUUUUCUUUUCGCGGGUUCAGCACCGGCUGCCCAGUCACUUAGCCCCCGCUCUUUUUCCUGCUCCGGGGAAGCUGGUAGCGAUGGGACGUCUCGGUUUCAGCACCACGGAGAGCGCCCGACUUUUGCUGUUCACUGUGUUUGGUGUGCUGGCGCUGUCCGUGGUGCUGGCUGAGCAGGAAGGUGAAAACCUGUCCGGUCUCUCCAACAACCCGGACAAAGCCAUCUUCGCGGUUCGAGAGAACGGCACAACAUGUCUCAUGGUGGAGUUCGCUGUAAAAUUCCUCGUGCCAUAUGACGUGCUUGCACUCAACGGGAUAGACCUGAUUACCGAGCAGGCGUCAUUCACUCUCCCCCGUGGCGCAGAAAUCGAGGGGAAAUGUGGGAGCACCGAGUCAGAGAUCCACAUAACCUGGAAGAACAACGCCUACAUCCUCCGCAUCUACUUUUCCAAGGAAUUCCGUGACAAGGGCAUCGAGGUGUGGAAGAUUAGCAAGGUUCAGUUCGUCUACGACACCUCGGAGACAUCGCAUUUCAUCAACGCAUACAACCCUGGGAAGCACACAGCCAGCACCCACCGGCUGUCAGCCCUGGUGACCCCUGCCGGGCGCUCCUAUGUGUGCACGGCACAGCAGACCCUCACUCUUAUCUCAAGUGACCACCAGAAGGGCAUCACCGUUUCCAUGUAUGACAUCCAGAUCCAGCCCUUUGACAUCGCAUCUGACUUCAUGUUCAGUGAACCCUACAAAUGCAUCACAGACCAGCGGGAGCGCCUGGAGGAGACCCUCCCCCUUAUCUUGGGCCUCAUUCUGGGCCUAAUAAUUGUCAUCAUACUCACAAUCUACCACUUUCACCUCAAGCUGACAGCGGCUCAGCCCCAGCUCCCCAGAGAUCGCUCCAUGUACAAGAACAUGUAGUGAACCGGCACAGCAGCGGCUCCCCUCGGCUCUCUCCGAAGCUAACCUGAUGACAGACUUUGUCUCCUUGUUGUUCCAGGCCUCUAAUACCACAGAGAAUCGUGACCCCCGCACUGGGCUGAAUCCUCGAUUGAUAAAUGUGUAGCAUGUACUGCCCACAAGAACUUUUGAAAAGCUGAAACAUAAAUUAAUGGGACAGUUUGGGGAGGGGGGAGCUGUCAUGGAUUUAGCUGGGAGUGUAAACCCACCAAAAAAAACAAUAAUUUCACCGGCUACUGAAUUAAAUCUUGGUCUAGAAUCUGCUUAGAGUUUUAAUUAAAAUAAGAAAAAAAAGUAAAGCUUUUAUGAAAAUAAUUUUAUUCAGACCUCUCUAAGUUAUAGUAUGUUUGUUUUUUUAAAGUCAUCGCGUCACUGGAUCAUAGUUGGUCACUUCUGCCUAAUCUUAUUCAACUUGUCUUUGAAAGAAAUGUCUGAAAUUUCUGCUUCUGCUGUCUUUCCACCUUCUUCUCUCUUUCACUUCCCGGAAUGGCUGAUAAAUUAUUUCAGUUCUCUCCUGUUGGUUCUGUAUAAGCUUACCUUCAUAUAUUUUUUUUAGCCAAUCCUCUUAUUAUUACAUUUUGAAUGCAACCAUAGUGUUGACAGUCUUGUAGUGUGCAGUACAGUGGCAUUCAAAGUUUUUGCUUUGACUUCAGCAAAUCUGAUCUCCGCACCGACGUACAGAACAUAUCAAGAGGCAGAAAGAAAUGCAUCCAUCUGACACAAGCUAUGUACUAAACAGCGAGGAAUUUUACUGAAUGAUGAGAUGUGUGUUUAUGAAAAUGAGGUUACUAAAGGGAAAAAAAAAAAAACUAUAAAUAUAUGUAAAUUAUUUUCAGAAUCAAAUUCUAUGCAUAAACUUCUGCUGAUGCAAUCCUGUGCCGUACUCUUCUGUUUCGUUCUAAAUAAAUUGCUGGACUCACGUCUA